UGCGGACGCCUCCGAGUCGCGCGCGGGGCGUGGGGCAGUGCUGGGCAGGCGAGGCUGCUGAGAGCUCGACGCCGGGACUGUCCAGGGAGGCGCAGCGCAGCGCGGCGGGAACCCUCAGCCGGAGCAGCCCCGGAGCAGGAGCAGCCGCCGCCGCCGUCCACGGAGCGCAGCCGAACCGGCCAUGGCGUUGUCGAUGCCGCUGAACGGGCUGAAGGAGGAGGACAAAGAGCCUGUCAUCGAGCUCUUCGUCAAGGCUGGCAGUGAUGGUGAAAGCAUAGGAAAUUGCCCCUUUUCCCAGAGGCUCUUCAUGAUUCUUUGGCUCAAAGGAGUUGUAUUUAGUGUCACAACUGUGGAUCUGAAGAGGAAGCCUGCAGACCUGCAGAACUUGGCUCCUGGGACCCACCCACCAUUUAUAACGUUCAACAAUGAAGUCAAAACGGAUGUAAAUAAGAUUGAAGAAUUUCUUGAAGAAGUCUUAUGCCCUCCCAAGUACUUGAAGCUUUCACCAAAACACCCAGAAUCAAAUACUGCCGGAAUGGACAUCUUUGCCAAAUUCUCUGCAUAUAUCAAGAAUUCAAGGCCAGAGGCUAAUGAAGCAUUGGAGAGGGGUCUCUUGAAAACCCUACAGAAACUGGAUGAAUAUCUGAAUUCUCCCCUCCCUGAUGAAAUUGAUGAGAACAGUAUGGAGGACAUUAAGUUUUCUACACGUAAAUUUCUGGAUGGCAAUGAAAUGACAUUAGCUGAUUGCAACCUGCUUCCCAAACUGCACAUUGUCAAGGUGGUGGCCAAAAAAUACCGCAACUUUGAUAUUCCAAAAGGAAUGACUGGCAUCUGGAGAUACUUAACUAAUGCACACAGUAGGGAUGAGUUUACCAAUACCUGUCCCAGUGAUAAGGAGGUUGAAAUAGCCUAUAGUGAUGUAGCCAAAAGACUUACCAAGUAAAAUAUCCCUUCUGAGGGAGAUGUCUUUGCAUCUUCCCCUAAGAAUAUGCUUUUCCUAACAGACUGCUCCUGUUCCUAUAAAGUAGAAAUUUUAUUUUGCAUGAACGUGCAGUUAUUCAAGAUUAGGAUGAAGGACAGACAAGGUGUAGUAGCUAUCUUUAAAUAUACACUCCGAAGCAGGAUUAUGUUAGAGCGCUUUAUCCUUCCUCCCUCCCCUGCCCCAUACCCUCUUCUCCUCGAAUCCGAGACACUCCGCCACACCCUUCACUCUAGAGGCAGAUUGCCGCCCCUCCGGAGCCCUCCCCGUUGUGUCUGUUCCCUGUGGACUGAGGGCAGAACUUCGGAGGGCCAGUGUGUGACUGUCAGAAUAGUACCCACGACUUCAUCAGUCAGCCCCAAACUGGUGCACGAUGCAUGGUACAAGGCAUGUUUAUGUAUUUGGGGAAUUGUAUAAUACUUAGUAAGAGUAUAUGGAAGGAUUGCUACUGUAUCAGAAUACUCUGUCUCAACUCAGUCUGUCCUGGCUGUGUCACCACCAGUGAAGAGAGCCUUCCACAGAAAGUCACUACAGAUUUUGCUGUUUUACUUUGUACAUGGAUUUUUACUUUUGCCUAAAAGCAUUUAUCCUUCAUACCAGUUCUCACAUCUGACACUAUGUAGGAGCUACAAGUUCAGAGAGAGGGAUGAUAUUCUCGAGAUCUUCCUCAAAGCAUUUUAUCUAUCUGAGAAAAACCUAUGGGCACCUGCUACUCUGUCUGAAUGUGUUGCUUUUUGUGUGUAUUUUGCCCAGUGCCAUUCAUUCGGAACCUUAUUGCUUUCCUCCUUUAUUUUAAGAAGCUCCUUUUUAGGUAAGCGUAGACCUUGCUGCGUCUGUAGAUCUUCUGAGUAACACUACAUAAACUGAUUAGUUGAUUUAACGAUAGCAGUAUGACUUGUAAUGUAAAAAUUAACAGAUAAUAACCUAAGGAAUGUAGGGUGGGUUUGUCAAAAUGUCAAGGAGAAUUUUGUUUCUGAAGCAUAUUUAAUUAAUAUGGAUAAUCUAAAGAAUGCCUUUUCCAUCAUAUAUUAAAAACAAGAUAAAACAGCCAUCACCAGCUUUCCCAUUCAACCCCCGUUGACUCUUAAACUUUGGGUAGAGCAUGGUUCACUCCUUUGGAACUAAAUUAUAGUUGUUAUGGUGAGUACGUAUUUACUGCAGUUUUGCCUAAUCUCAAUCAUUGUACUUCCUUCAAUUAAAUUUUUCUAAAGCCACGUUGAGGAAUAGCACUCUGCAUGUUUGUUUUUUUUAAAAAUUGAAGUCCUAAACCAGGAAUGAUUUGUGCUCUAACAAGGGAGGAUGAACUUGGUAAAAAUAAAAGUUGGCUACGUAUUUAUUCAUUUUAAAAAAAAUGGACUAAGUACUACUGCUCCAAAGACCAUAGUUGUAACUAUCAUACAGUUUUGGUAAUUUUUUAUAUGUAACUUGUUUAAGAAGUGCUAUUUCUCCUAGGCUGUUUUUGGAAAUUUACGUUAUUGCUUUAAAAUGGCAAUGUUUUCCCCCGUCUGGUGUGUUAACAUUUAGUAAUCACUGGCAUUAGGGAAGCAGCCUGAUUUUUAUAAGCGUAUACUGCAUUUUUUAACCUAUCAGUCAGUAAUUAGCUUGGUAUAGAAAGAUAAGCUCCAUAUUGCAUCCAUUUGGCUCAGGGAGGUUUCUUUGCCUUGCCUUUCUUAGAACUCCUUAUUGCAGAUCAAAAGUUUGGGCACCCACCUUUAAUUAAAUAUUGGAUGAUGACUUACCUGGUUGCAAGAAAAGCACUCAGGUUAUCGCUGGGAAGUUCUAUAGCAGUAGCUUCGGUGGGAGAAAAUGUCACGUGUGCUCCAGGACACAGGCAGCCAUCACCACUUCUCACCUCCUUUUAAAAUAGUAGUAACUUGGCAUUCAGGUGAUACUGAACCUCGCCUCCUGGCUCUCAAAAUAUGAAAAAGAUUCAAGAGAAGGGUCUGUUCUUUCCAGUGAGCAGGGGACUAAGUGGUGCAGAAUAGAGGGGCUAAUGAGGACGGAGGUACAUUUCUCAAAAUAGAGGGAUGAAAACCACAUUCUGAAAUUCAAUCGUGAACUACUUUCACUUUGGAUAUUUAUUCUCUUCAUUGUCUUUUUAAAAUUUAUCCCAUGAUUGUACUUGGCUGUUUGUCUAGAUGUCCAAGGAAGGCAGGUCUGUCUGUUACAAUUUUGAUGUAGAAAGACAGAUCUUACUAUUACUUUAUCAGGGAAGAUAGAUGAAAUUGAGAUUGGCAAAUGGACAAAAGCUAGGAAAAAGGAUGAUCCCAGAACAUGAUUUUUUUCCUCCCAUUUAUACUUGUGGAAAGAUCAUAGCUUAAAAUCUUGGGAGAUUUUAGGGCAUAGAAGUUUUCAUGGUAGUUCGUGUAGUUUAUGAACUGACAUAAUGCAGAUCAUCUGAUACUAUUUCUAUAACUACUAAAUCAUUUCCCCCUUUAUGUAAACCCCUUCUGUCCCACCUCACCGAGAUUAGAGUCUGAAUGGAAACUCUCACUGUUUUCCAAGGAAUUCUGAGAUAUUUUUGUGUUGAACAGUUGGAAAGCUCUUUACUAUUUCAGUUGAUAUAACUUUUUUUUUUUAAAUGUAGGUGCAGAUUUUCUAUACCCCUCUGCUAUCUUUUAUUAAGAGCAUUGACUUUUGUGAUGAAAAUCAUAUUAGGUUUGAUUUCUUGAUAACUCAGCUUACACAAUAGUUUUAAACUCUUGAGCGAUCUGUGUACAAUUUAGAGAUUUCUGACAUUUAUUCUUCACUAAGUUGAUCAACUCUAGAAUUUAGGCAUUUUAACAUCGGUUGAGUUUUGGAUCUUUCCAGAGUUAUGUAGAUAGCUUUUGUUUCUGUACAUUUAGAAUAUCCAUUUAAGAAAUAUCUACAAGGUAAAAAAUGAGAAGAAAUAGCAAUGUAUUUUUUCAUAAACAUUUUGAUACACAUUUCAUCGAUUAACCAUUUUCUUACACUGGUUAUAAUCAGUAUUUGAUUCAGAGAGGGAAGCAUUCAUUAUUGAUAUACUAAAUGGGCUUUUUUUUUUAUUCCAUCUUUUACAAAUGAUCAAGAGCAGGGCUGUCGAAAUUAUAUUUUUAUCAUGGAAAAAAUUUCAACUCCCUAAGUCUUAAUGUUGAACAGAAUUGGAGUAUUUUCUUUAGAAUUGCUUGAAAAGGCAAAUGAAAGCUUAUUAUAGAAUGCUUGUAUUUUCUUUUCUCUCUCUAGAACCAGUAUAUUGCUGGCAGCUAUUGUAUUAAAAAAAUAAAGUAUAUUUUCACUAUCA